CCGCGACGCUCGAGCCAUGCUCAGAGCGCUGUUCUUCCUCGCCCACGUCCCCGCGGCGCUCGCCCUGGACGCGACGACGCUGCGCGAUAUCGCCGCGUCGUCAUCAAACGUCGAUGCGCGCGAAAUCCUGUCGCAAUCGCGCGCGACGCACGAUUACGUCGUCGACCUGCGACGAGAAAUCCACAAAAAUCCCGAACUCAUGUGGACCGAACGCGCCACCGCGGACGUCAUCGCGCGCGAGCUCGACGCGCACGGGAUCGAAUACGACCGAGUGACGUCCACGGGGAUCGUCGCGCGCGUCGGACGAGGCGAACGAAGCGUGGGGUUGAGAGCGGAUAUGGACGCGCUGCCGCUGCGCGAGGACACCGGGUUGGCGUACGCGAGCGAGAACGAUGGAAAAAUGCACGCGUGUGGACACGAUGGACACGUGGCGAUGUUACUCGGCGCGGCGAAGGUGAUAAAGGCGAGGUACGACGCGGAUGAGACGUCCGUGCCGGGAGUGGUGCGGUUCAUAUUUCAACCGGCGGAGGAAGGCGGGGCGGGGGCGAAGGAAAUGUUGCGGCCGAGCGACGGGACGACGGGAAUGCUGGAUUUGAAACCGCCGAUUGAAAGCGUGUUUGGAUUACAUAAUUGGCCGUAUCCUGAAAUGCCGAGUGGGACGAUGGGCACGCGCGGUGGAACGAUCAUGGCUGGAGCGGGGAGCUUCGACGUCGUCGUCGUCGGACGCGGCGGACACGCGGCGGUGCCGCACAACAACGUGGACGUCAUCGUCGCGGGUAGCGCGAUCGUCACCGCGUUGCAGACGCUCGUGAGUCGAUUGACGGAUCCGUUAGAUAGCGUGGUGAUCAGCGUCACCGUGUUCAACUCGGGAACGGCGAGCAACAUCAUGCCAGACACGGCGAGUUUGCAAGGCACGUUGCGAGCGCUCAAUCCGAAGACUUUUGCGAAAUUUCAACAGAAAAUUGCCGACAUGGCUUCUGCCAUCGCCAGCGCGCACGGUUGCACGGCAGCGACAUCUUUUGAACCUGAGCACAAUGGCGUGAAGCGAAUUCCGUAUCCACCGACGGUGAACGACCCGCGAGCCGCAGGGUUGGCGAUGAACGUCGCCGCGCAACUGUUCGGAAGCGAGAGCACGCGCGACGUCGUGCCAGUCAUGCCCGCGGAAGAUUUCUCGUUUUUCGGGGAAACUUACCCAUCUGCCAUGAUGUGGCUCGGAGCGUACAACGAAACCGCCGGUGCGACGCAUCCUUUGCAUAGCACGAAGUACAUUCUGGAUGAAAGCGUCUUGACGUCUGGCGUCGCUUUGCACGCGAUGUACGCGCUCGAAUUUCUUCAUAGUGGGUUGUAACGAACACUCAUUCAAUUUCUUCAUAGUGGGUUGUAAUGAACACUCAUUCUAUUUUACAU